CCUCCCAGUGCCAAAGAGCUGGAGCCAGAGCUGACAAUGCAGCCCCAGGCACUAUGGCUUCUGGAGCUACAGUGAAUGAUGAGGUCAUCAAAGUUUUAAAUGAUGAAAAAAAAAAAAAAAGAGAGAGAAAAAAGAAAAGAAGGAAGGAAGCGCUCUUCUGUUUAAAUGAUAAGGAAAGACAAAUAAUCGUAGAGGAAGCAAAGCAAAUUUUGGCAAAUGACACUGGUGAUACCGUAGAGGAUCCCUACAUGACUUUUGUUAAGUUGCUACCUCUGAAUGAUUGCCAGUUUGCUCUGUAUGAUGCCACAUACAAAACAAAAGAGUCCAAGAAAGAAGACCUAGUAUUGAUAUUUAUAUUCUGGGCUUCUAAGAGUGUGCCUUUAAAAAGCGAGAUGAUUUAUGCUAGCUCUAAAGAUGCCAUUAAAAAGAAAUUUACAUAUAUUAAACAUGAGUGA